UCGGCCAAACAUCAUGCAUUGCUCCCCAAUCAUUCUUGUGGCAGUAGUCCUCUGCGCCAGCCUUGUCCGCGGCUUUGACGAAAAGGCAGCCAUGGAAAAAUUCCUGGAGUCUGCCGAGGCCUGUAUGCCGGAAGUGGGUGCUUCUGACGCCGACCUGCAGGAAAUCGUGAAAAAGCAGCCGGCCUCUUCCUAUGCUGGAAAGUGCCUGCGCGCCUGUGUGAUGAAGAACUUUGGUCUGAUCGACGCCAACGGCAAGCUGGAUACGAAUGCCGGGCGCGAGAAAGCAAAGCAGUACACUGGUAACGACCCAGCCAAGUUAAAGCUGGCCCUCGAGAUCGGUGACACGUGUGCAGCCAUCAGUGUGCCGGAUGAUCACUGUGAGGCCGCCGAAACCUACGGCGCCUGCUUCAAGAGCGAAGCCAUCAAACACGGACUUAUGUAGUCGAGAACCUUAAACUGACCUGACCACCUGAAGUAAACUUUCCCUGGAAACGCACAUAUGUACCUUUUAAGUUUAAUGAUUAGAGAUCAAGGAGAAUAAUUACAUUUUAAAAAGCA